AAAGGUGAAUUUGUUCUAAAGUUCUGUUUCUGGGAAUAUGACAAGAACCAUAAAACAUUAGGCAGAGAAGUCUUUAAGUUUGUCAAUGACAGACUUGUUGACAGAGAUGACACCGAUUGGAAAGAUGAAGUCCAACAAAAGUUCUUAGAAUGCAAAGAAGACACAUGCGCUGUUCUUGAAGAUGAAAUAGGAAACAGAAUAGAAGAGCUAUUAAAGGACAAAGAACUUUUACAUAAAUAUGGUUCUGAGAAAUUUGACAUAACUCCACCAGAAAAGAAGAAGAAGAGAGAGAAGAAAGAAAAGAAAGUAGAAGAAAAGAAAGUAGAAGAGAAGAAAGAACCUGAACCAGUUCCAGAGAAGGUGAGAUAUGACAUGUAA